UGAUAUUUUGUUCUAGGUCGGCUGACUUGUUUUCAGCAUCAGGGAAAAAAUGAAUUUCUAAUUAUCAUCUGCCUCCACUAGAUCUUGUUUUUUUUCUUGGACAUUUUUUUCACCAUCAGGUUUUCACAUUUUUGCCUAUUUUUUAUUCCAAGUGACAAGAUGUGGACUUUCCUGGGAAUAGCAAGCUUCACAUACCUUUACAAAAAAUCCGAGACUGUCUAUUCUUAUGCUCACAAAGAGCUUGUGAUGGCUGCAGCGCUGUGUCUCACGGUGGGGCUGUUGCUGUCAUAUAUCAGGUAUUUUAAUGGACAGAAGCGCAAAGUAUCUCAGGUACUUUAUUUAACACUGGGCCUUCUGUCAUUCUUGCCUUUUAUCAACUAUUUCACCCCUCAAACCUCCACACUGAGCCGCAGCAACGCAGAGGGCACAUGUAAAGAGAGCCCCCGCAGGAGAAAGAGGGUGAAUAUGGAGUCGUCAGCCACAGACACGGGAUCAGCCUGCGGCGCCUCUGAGGCCCUGGAGCCGGACGUGGUGAUAGUCGGGGCCGGGGUCCUGGGUUCAGCUAUGGCGGCCGUCCUGGCUCGGGAUGGGAAGAGGGUCACCGUGGUGGAGAGGGACCUGCGAGAGCCUGACAGGAUAGUGGGGGAGCUGCUGCAGCCCGGAGGCUACAGGGCCCUCAAAGAGCUGGGGCUGGAGGGAUCGGUGGAGGGUCUGGAUGCCCAUCUGGUGAACGGCUAUGUGAUCCAUGACAUUGAGAGCAGAACAGAGGUGGAGAUCCCCUACCCUCAGGAGGACAAACACAUCCAGUGUGGACGGGCUUUCCAUCACGGACGAUUCAUCAUGGGCCUGAGGAGGGCCGCGCUCGCCGAGCCGAAUGUCACAUUCGUAGAAGGCACCGUUACCAGUCUGGAGGAGGAGGACGGCUGUGUGACUGGAGUUCAGUACAAGGAGAGGGAAACUGGAGACAUAAAGGAAAUCCACGCAGCGCUCACUGUGGUGGCUGACGGCUGCUUCUCCAAGUUCAGAAAGAGUCUUGUCUCUGGGAAGGCUCACAUCUCCUCUCACUUUGUUGGAUGCCUCAUGAAGGACUGUCCCCAGUUCAAAGCUAACCACGCCGAGCUGGUGCUGGCCGACCCCAGCCCUGUGCUCAUCUACCAGAUCUCCUCCACACACACCAGAGUGCUGGUAGACAUCAGGGGCGAGAUGCCACGCAACCUCACCGAGUACAUGGCUGAGAAAAUACACCCACAGCUGCCAGAACAUUUGCAGGAAUCUUUCAUGGAGGCUCUGCAGAAUGAUCGCCUCCGGUCCAUGCCUGCCAGCUUCCUCCCUCCCUCCCCUGUCAACAAGCCAGGUGUGCUCCUCCUGGGCGACGCCUACAACAUGAGGCAUCCUCUGACAGGAGGAGGGAUGAGCGUUGCCCUCAACGACGUCAGCAUCUGGAGGAGCCUGCUCAAGAACAUCCCAGAUCUGUAUGACGACACGGCCAUGCUGCAGGCAAAGAAAAAAUUCCACUGGGAACGCAAGUCAUCACAUUCUUUCGUGGUGAAUGUGUUGGCCCAGGCCCUGUACGAGCUGUUUGCAGCCACCGACAAUAAUCUUCACGAGCUCAGAAAAGCCUGCUUCCAGUACUUCAAACUCGGAGGGGAGUGCAUCGCUGGGCCUAUUGGACUUCUCUCAGUGUUGUCGCCCAAACCCAUGACCCUCAUUGGACACUUCUUCGCCGUGGCACUGUACGCAGUCUACUUCAACUUCAAGUCCGAGUCCUGGAGCACCAAGCCCCGAGCUUUAUUCAAGAGCGGGGCCAUCUUGUACCGAGCCUGCACAGUCAUGUUUCCCCUCGUUUACUCUGAGCUUAAGUACCUGGUGUACUGAGGAGUUUCCCCCUGAGAGACCCACACGGACACCAACAGCCACUUAAACCAAUCUGCUGAUGCCGGGCUGCGUCCCGACCUGAACUACGCCAGCCUCAGAGUGAUGUCUUAACACAGCAGCGGAUUACUUGGAGGCAAAACAAAAACCUGUGAAAUGUUGGUAUUUGUGAAGGCUUUUCAUGUUUUUGUCCACCCAUGGAAAAGGCCCCGUCACUGUUUUUAAUUUUAACAAUGACUUUUAAUAGUCUAUUUCUAAACUAUGCUCCUGCCUUCUCCACCAGUUUGUUACAACUAAAGAUGAUGUAAUUGCCUUAAUGUCAUGCCUUCAAUUUGGAUGUAAAAAGUGUAAAUUCUGUAAAGUUAUUGCAUGUUACCACCUGGUGGUAACACUGGCCAUAUCAAAUGGUGCCUUUGCUUCGCCCUGCGCUGCAUCCUUAAAUGAUUGCAGCACAUAGGAAGGUAUGAAUAUACACCUGUAAAACAGAAUUGCCUCAUGAAACAUGGUUUUAUUCACAUUUGAAUUUCAUCAGCCUGUAGAUCUUUAGAUAAAACCACUCUUCUGCUGAAUACUUCCUUGUUGAUCCGGUUGGGUCUCUCAGUAAUUAAGAUAUUCUGUUAAUACCGAAGCCUUAAUGUGAAUCUGAAGCACUGAUGGUGGGACUGUCAAAAGACAAUUGGUGGUCUUAAUCCUAAUAUUAGCCUGUCAUUUUAUCUCAAGCAGAAUCGUACCAUUGCCAUGCAUUUGUCAUGCUGUUUUGUUUUCCAGAACAUGUUCAGUAUUUUAACUGUUGAAGUUCCUCUUUUGCCACGGUGCGCACUUCCUGCCUUUCAAAGAAUGUUAAUGUUCUGUAUGUAAUGCGAUAAGGGACUUUUUGUGUGGUGUUGUGUUUCUCCAGAGCCUUAUCUGAGCUGUGUAACUUGCUGGGCGUGCAGCUGAAUGUCAGACUGUAAUCAGAGACAUGAGAAUGGUCCCUGCUCUAUUUCAGUGUAGCAUACUAAAAUGCAUGUGGAUGUUUGUAAAAAAAAAAAAAAAAAAAAAAAAAAAAAACCUGACACACCUUGACAUGCAUGGGGGAAAUCUAGAUAUGUCUGAGUUAAACUGGAGACUCUGUGGGACCCUGAGAGCGUGGGAAUGUGUUUCAACACUGGACCAAGUCAAUGGAUGACACUCAGGUAUCAUUCCUCCUGAGUUGACGCAGACAAGGAACUCUCAAACUGCAGCUGAUCACAGCUUCCUGCUCUGGCUCUCUUCUUUUUACCUGUACUUGUGUUGUAAUUG